UGAGCAGAAUCCAGGGCUCCUUGCUGGAGAAGGCAUUUCAUUUCACUUCAUGGCAAAUGGGGACUUGAAAAAUGCCUGAAAAACGUGGCGUGUUGUCCUGUCCAGGGCAGAUCUGGCUAAUCCAGCCGUUUUACGGGACAGGGUGACUGCCGACUGCAACAUUCUUAGUUUUUAAUAGUGUUUUGAACCCAGGGUUGGCAGGGGAGUCCUGAUUUGAAACAACUGCCCCAAAGUCGGUGCUGCCGUGGGGCGAGUGGUGCCGUGGUGGUGGUGGGGUCCAGCGUGGCUGCUGAGCGGCAGCUCUGGGAGCAGCUUUCUGCAGGGUCACCUUGAUUUCGGUGAACUAACUUUCCUCUGAAGUGAUAGCUUUUCACACGUUUUCUUCCUCUCGGUUUUCUCACAGCUUUCUCAGGUUUUGUUUUUUAUUUUAAAAGGAAAGCUAACGUGCAAACCUGCCCCUCCUGGCUUAGCCGAAGACGAGCUCUCCUCUGCGCUUUGAUCUUGCGGGUGUCUCUCUCUCACUGCCCUGAUUCAGGUCUUUCAAACCACUUUCCCUGCAAGCGCAGUGAGUUGCCGCCGCGGCAUAUGGAGCUCUCAAAGGCUCAGAUCUGGCUUGGUGAAAGGAUCCCUGGUAAGGAAGAACAAAGGAGAAGAAAUGCAGAGAAGUCGGCUGUCGGAGCAGCGUUGUUUCAAAGGGCAGAGUUUCCAUAAGGCAUACACCAGACAUUAAGGGGUGGUAAGCAGUGCUGGGAGAACCCCCUCUUUUUUUCUUUUCUUGGAGGAUUUAGCUUGUGUCCCCCUAAUGUUUAUCAGCUGUGUCUGUCUUCACGAACAUUGAAGAUCUAGGCUUUAUUUUAGAGACAGACACAGAUCACUCCAGCAUUCCCACCCAGAGCUCUCAGCUUUUCUCGUGGGAUGAAAUAAUCAGCAGCCACCAUGUGCUGAGUUCGGUGCCUCUUGAUUUUGGUUUUUCAAUGUGACCUUUGCCGUUAAUCCACAACCUGAACGGGGCCGUGUGCUGAAACAAAAUGACCUGUUUCUCAGGAAUUCAGCUCCAGUUUAUCCUCAAGCUGCUUUAGCUUAAAAUCUUCUCUCCCCUCCUCUCUCCCUCUUCUAGGUCAGAGCCUUUAUCUGAAUGCGGGUUUCGGUGCAGCACUAAUUUUAAGGGCAUGUUAGAUACGGGAAGAUAAUGACUCAUGGUUUUCUUUGUAAAAAUACCCCUCUCCUCCUCGGCUGUGCUUACAGGAGGUAAUGUUGCUGUGGGAUUGUCCCUGGCUGUUCUGCCUGACCCAAGGCUUAGGUGGGGGGCAGCAGGACAAAUGGGGGGGACCCGCGCAGUGUGCUUCCCUUGCAGAUGUGGCAGUCGCUUGUUUUCUGGCAGCCGACAAACCCAUCCAUCCGUCUGCAUGUGGCGAGGCGGUGUGUCCCUGUCUUGGGAGUAUCUGAAGGGGCUCCUCUGACCCCACGUGCCAUCGAGGUGCAGAGCUGGGUGGGAAAUGUCACCCUGUGAGUAACCAGCUGAAGCAGGAGCGUAACAGGGAAGUGAUGUGGGUGUUUCUGUUCCCGUGAGUCGGGAGCAGAGGUGACGGCCCGCAGUGCUGGCACCGCUCCUGUGCUGGCUCAGGCCUGUGACACAUGAGACCGAGUCAGGAGUCUCAUUACCUGGCACGUUUCUCAGCUGUAUUUCUGCUAAUUACCUCCAGCUGCUGCUGUUCAAACAAGGCCGGGGCUCUCCUGCCCGUCCCCUCCCGCUGGUCGUGCUGCAACACCGUCACGCCGUCUCCCUGACGUCACGCUUGCCCUAGCAGCAGCUUGCACUGUCCCAGCCCUGCGAUCCCACUGCGGGGUGGGAAGGAGCACGGAGGAAAAGCACUCCUGUUGCAACAUGUCCUGGCAGCGCUGGCACGUCCCAGACAAGCGCAUUAUGAGCCGUCUCUGAUCUUCCUUUGAGAAAGGUACAGGCUGAAUGGCUUUGUCGGGCUUCGUUCCAGUCUGUGGAGCGGCCCGGCAUGGUGGGAUUGAAGAUGAAAUUGCUGGACGUUGGCUCUUCUGUGCAAGGCCUCAAGUUCCGUCCGGAGCAAAGUGGCACCAUAAGUGUCAGGGGAAGGUGCAUUUCCGAGAGGCAGGAGUGAGGUGGCUUCCCCGGUGAGGUGGACGAGGACCCACUGAGUCACGGUGGGUUUGAGCUGGUGCCCUUCCCGGCUCUGCAGAGGAGUGGCUGGUGCCGCCGGAGAACUUGAGAUCUCAGAUGACUUGGAAAACACCAGAAGGCAGAGGGGGAAAUGUCUUCCCAAUGAGGGUGUCUGUAGUUGAGGAGUUUCUCACUCGGUAGAAGAGCUGCUUUUAAUUAAAAGGCGCUUUAUUUAUUUAUUUUCCCGAAUGGCAGAGAGCUGGUGGUUUGCUGGAGGGCAGGGGAGCCGCUGGCAUCGCAGCGAUGCUGCCGGUCCGUUUUUCCUGUUCUCAAACCUCUGCCAGGGAGUGGGAAUGUCUGACACGUGAGGACGGACCUGGUAUUAUUCUGGCCUCCUGUGUACUGUGGCAUCAGUAAAUUGCAGUUUACCUAGUCGAAGGUGAGCCUCAGAAGGGAUCUGGAUUUUAAUGCCCAAUACAAACCGUUUCAAAGGUUGUGGGCACCUAGGUUUCAGCGCCUGGGUCGUAAAGAAACUUUCGCUGUCGUGGUGGGUAUAUCUGUGACCACUCUGGUCGCUUGCCCUGGAGGUCAGGGAUCAGAAGUCGGAAGCUUCAAGGUGUGAAACUAUCGGGUUCUUACCUGGUGUUGGCAUUGUGGUCCCCUCCAGUGGUUAAGGAACAGGUUUUCCUGGGGGAAAGACAUGUGCGGCCUGGAGAGGGGCAUAUAUCCUCCCGCCUCUCGAUCUGCCCUGAGCACCCGAAACUCCCGGGGUGGCGAGUGAGGCCUCCAGUCACCACAUUCCUAUUCCCUGAGCUGGUGCAGCCGGGACGGCCUUACCUGUGCUGCUGUCAGAGGCACGAGCUUGCCAGGGGCCUGUCCUGUGAUCGCCCGGUGAUUCAGGCUCAUCUUCCUGUUCCCGCUUCCUCUGUGCUCAGUCUCCGGCGCCGACCGGACCUGAUGGGCUCUGUGGAGCCCCACUGGUGAAGCACUGUGCGGGCUGGGAGCCAUUGUAGGUAAGCCGUGGUGCGGGACGGAUUCAUUUUGGGCGUGUGAUUUGGGCGUGAGAUGGAUUGAAAUAUCAUCAGAUCGAUGCUGGGAAGGCUUGUUUCGCUGCUUGCUGGGGCAGCUUCACGAGGGGCUUUGGGUUGUGGAAAUGGAGUGGGGCGCAGCCAGCCUUCAGGGUGCUGGGAGGUUAUCGACGUAAGAUCCGAGUGGUUUGGAAAAUCUGCUUUGUCUGUCAGGGCUGUUCGGGGACGGGAACGUCUCUCCUUGCGCAAGCCAUAGGACAGCACCGCGCCGCUUCGUCUGCCUUUGCUCGGUGAUCCAUCUGGCAGAUCUAACGGCGGCCGUGGCUGGAGGGGCCUGCUGGGGACGCGUGCCAGGGCUGGCCGUGGUGCCUGCUGACGGGCUGGAGGCUUUCAGCUCCUGUCGCACUUCCACGUGAGCAGCCUCCGGCUGCAGAUAAAGGAGCUGGAUUGAUGGCGCAGGAUUAGCUUGGCCGGGUUUUCUCUGCUGAGCAAGGCAGUUGCGUGAAAAACGUCCUGGGUUUCAGCUGCGGACUCUGCGCUGGGGCAUGAGUGACCAGGCUUGUCCCCAGCACUGAGCAGCCAGAGCCGCUGGGAACUGGGCCAGGAUGCCGAUCCCUCCUCCCCCGCCGCCACCGCCUGGCCCCCCGCCGCCUCCCACCUUCAGUCAGGCGAACACAGAGCCUCCAAAACUGAGCCGAGAGGAGCAGCGGGGCCGUGGGGCUCUCCUGCAGGACAUCUGUAAAGGGACCAAGCUAAAGAAAGUGACACAAAUCAAUGACCGGAGCGCACCGAUCCUAGAGAAACCCAAGGGCAGUGGUGGCGGCAGCUAUGGCUCUAGCUCAGCUGCGAUCCAGCCAAAGGGCGGCCUCUUCCAAGGCGGCGUGCCCAAGCUCAGACCCGUGGGAGUGAAGGACAGCUCAGACAGCUCCAGUAAGCAAACCCUGCAAGUCCCUGGCUCCAGAGCAGCCGCCCCCAGGCCCCCGGUGCCGGCCAGCAACAGCCGACCUCAAGAUGAUGGUGACAACAGCCGGGGCUCUCCCCCAGAGCUGCCGCGCACGCAGAGGCCCUCCCUGCCGGACCUUUCCCGGCCCAACACCGCCGGCAGCACCGGCAUGAAACACAGCUCGUCCGCCCCGCCGCCCCCUCCACCGGGACGCCGUGCCGCUGCACCUCCCGCCCCUCCACCGGCACACGGCGCCAAGGUCUCUUCCUACAACCGGGAGAAGCCCCUGCCACCCACCCCGGGACAGCGACUGCCCGUGAGCAGGGAUGGACCCCCCGCCCCACCACCCAUCAAGCCCCCUCCCUCCCCAGUCAGUAUCCGAACGGGGUCGGGGGCUCAGGGCCAGUCUCUCGCCCCCCCGCCACCCCCUUAUCGGCAACCCCCCGGUGUCCCCAACGGCCCUUCCAGCCCCAUCGAGUCCGCCCCGGAGCUGCCGCAGAGACACAACUCCUUGCACAGGAAGACGCCGGGCCCUUUGCGGGGUCUCGCGCCACCACCGCCUGCUUCAGCCUCCCCGUCUCUCCAGAGCAGUCGCCCCCCUCCACCGGCCAGAGACCCCCCCAGCCGGGGAGCAGCCCCACCGCCCCCUCCACCGAUACUGCGAAAUGGGGGGCGUGAUGCCCCCCCACCUCCGCCCCCCUACAGACUGCACGGCUCCGCCGAGCCCCCCAGCCGAGGGAAGCCGCCACCGCCGCCCACGAGGACGCCGGCCGGGCCGCCGCCGCCACCUCCGCCGGUGCGGAAUGGGCACCGGGACUCCAUCUCCACCGUCAGAGCGUUCCUGGAUGACUUUGAAUCCAAAUAUUCCUUUCAUCCCGUCGAAGACUUCCCAGCCCCAGAAGAAUAUAAAUACUUCCAGAGAAUCUACCCCAGCAAAACAAACAGAGCUACGCGUGGGGCCCCCCCUCUGCCCCCCAUCCCCAGGUGAAAGCGGGCUGCACAGGCAGAUUGUUCCUGAGCAGAGAGACGGAUCUCCCUCCCCCUUCUCAGACGGACCCUCCCCAUCACCUGCCCCCCAGGAUCCUGCAUGAGAAACUCCCUGCCUCUUCGGUUUUCCCAGCUGCGCCAGGACGAGCCGAUGCCCCCAGCCCUGCUCUCUCUGCCAGCCCACCCUCAGCUACGUGCCCCCCCGCCCCGGGACUCGGUGACUGCGCUGGCAAACCCCGACGGAUCCUUUUCUCCUCGUUCGUCGCAGAUCCCGGGUCCACGAGGACUUGGGGCGGCCGCUGAGCCGCGUGUGGUCAGCUGUUGGGGACCGGAGGUGGCCCCGUGCCCCAUCCCUCGGGGCCGAGCAAGGGCCUGGAGAGGAGCUGGGGUCGGCUGGGAGACGGAUGCGCUGCGGAAUCGGCGGCUGCGCCGGUGGCGGACCAAGGGGGAGCCGGGAUGGGCCGGCAGGGCCUCGUUACCCCCCCGCAGCUGAUUGCUUUUUUGCACAGGAGCCAGUGGAGGAGUCGGGCCGGGGGGGGGGCGAGUGGGACCAGCCAGGGAGCCCCCAGCGGCGCUGGGCAGGGGCCUGGGGGGCAGCUGGGGGGAGGGACGCCCCCAUCCCUGCUCCCACCGGGGGAUGUCCCUGAUGCCACCCCGCUGCAUCGCACCCCAAAACGCCCCCCCCCCCCCCCCCCCCCAGCCCACGGCUUUUCACCCUGCUGGGUUUGGAUGUGGCAGCCCGGCUUUUAACACUAAAUUACCAAACUUGGAACAUUUUAACGAGAAGACACUAAUUGUCCGUGGAGGGAGGAAGCCGGGGGUGCUGUUACGGGGGGGGGCUCAUUUGUUCUGUUUCCUACAGGGCGGGGGGGGAGCAUGGGGGGACCUGGGGCCGCGGGGGGGGCGCUCUGGCUGACGUUUUGCCUUACACACUCCCCGUCCGACUGCUGGCACCGGGCCGGUUUCUCUGUAUUUA